GCCAUUUCUUAGUGAAUUUCAGUUAGUCUGUGAAUCGUUUUAAGCAACAGUUUUCCCUAAAGAUAUGAAUACAGAAGUCACUACUAAUUAUUCGAUUGUGAGAGAAGGAGGCGAAUAUUUGGAGAUCAUUGCUACCGCUAAAGAAAGCAAAGACGGAACUAUACCAAAGAAAGACGCAGUUCCUUGGUUUCCUAGACACAUCUCUGAACUUGACAAAUAUGCAAAUCGGAUUUUAUCCUUUGGUGCUGAUUUAAAUGAUGGUCAUCCAGGUUUCACCGACCCAGUUUAUCGAGCUAGGCGACAAUAUUUUGCCGAUCUUGCUUACAAUUAUAAACAUGGUGAUAAACUACCUCAUGUUUUGUACACAAAAGAGGAAACUGAAACUUGGGGUAAAAUUUUUGAACAACUGACACGUUUAUAUCCUACACAUGCCUGCAAGGAAUACAAUCGUGUAUUUCCCCUCCUCAUAGAAAAAUGUGAAUACAGAAAAGAUAAUAUACCACAACUUGAAGACGUGUCAAACUUUUUAAAGGGAUGUACUGGUUUUAGCUUGCGUCCAGUAUCAGGUCUUUUAUUAUCGAGAGAUUUCUUGGCAGGUUUAGCUUUCAAAGUGUUCCACUCAACACAAUAUCUUCGCCAUUCAAGUAAACCUUUUUACACACCAGAACCAGAUGUUUGUCAUGAACUACUUGGUCAUGUUCCACUUCUAGCUGAUCCUGCUUUCGCUCAGUUCUCGCAACAAAUUGGUUUAGCUUCUUUAGGUGCACCAGACGACUUCAUCGAAAAAUUAGCUACAUGUUUUUGGUUCACAGUGGAAUACGGUUUAUGUCGUGAAGGAAAUGGUGUAAAAGCUUAUGGAGCUGGACUGUUGUCCUCUUACGGCGAACUUCAAUAUGCUUUAGGAGAUAAAUCUGAACACAAAGUUUUUGAUCCCUUUAAAGAUGCUAUAGAAAAGUAUCCUUUAACGAGGUAUCAGCAUGUGUAUUAUGUAUCUGAAAGUUUUGAAGACGCGAAAGAAAAAAUGAUGGAAUAUGCUGCUACCAUACCUAGGGGAUUCGAUGUUAGCUAUAAUUUUUGUGAUCAGAGAAUAGAAAUUUCUACUAUAAAACCACAAUCUCAGGCGGAUGUAGAGGAAUUAGUUGAAUCUCUCAAAGACCUAUAGCAAAGCCUAAAAGAUACAUUUUGUUUAUAACCAAGGUGGAAAUGUACCAGAAGGAAGAAACGUAGUUGCGUGACUGAAAACCAGAUGUAGUGUUUGAUCAAAAAAUACUACAACUUCUGGAUAUUGCUGUCUUUAAGUAAUUUCAAUACUAAAUCAACAAAACUGUG